AUGGGGUAUGGUUCUCAAAUUCAUCACAUGAUUUUCAUCACAUUCUUAUUCAUAUCAUUACAAAGAUCCCACAUUUUGGUUGCUGAGGGUCUAUUACUGGAUAAAGCAGUGGACUUCAGAGUUCGUGGCUUACAACAAUUAUUCUUCAUGGACGAAACUGUGGGGAAUAAAAACCAAGUUGAGGAUGUUACAGGACAAGAUGACAAGUUAACCAAGAGAAGAGUUCCAUUAACUGGUGUUGCAAACUGUUUCCCACCAUCUCCAUCACCAAACAUUCGAGCUGAGGCUUCAGUUCCAGCACCGCCAAAGGUGGCUCAUUUCCACCCACCGCCGCCUCAAUCAACCACCAGGCCGCCACCUCAAAUAAUCCACAAAGGAAAUGCAGAUAAAAGAAUAGUUGGAAGAAUUCUGGUUCCACUUCUGGUACUGUGUGCAGGAGCUGCAUUUUUAUCUUGUGUUCUUGGGCUCUGCUGUUUUUGUGCCAAAACCAGCAAGAAUAAAAGGAAGGGAAGAAUCAGAGGCAAAUCCAAGUAUAAGAGUGCUCAAAGUUCAUCAAGCAAGGUGAUGUUAAAUCCUGGUUCAGAUCUCUUUUAUCUUGAUACAUUGGUGGACCUAGAGCAGCAAUCUAUUUGUUUGAAACAAAGCACUGAAACUGAGAAAAUUUCAUCAAAUUAUAGCACUCUAAAUCACGGAUUAGAUAAAAUGGAGGAAUCAAACAAAGAAGUUGCUAUACUAAAAUCUCAAAACACUAGCAGUUCUUCAACAAGAGAAAUAAUGCCGAUUCAUGAAGAUGGACAAUCAGAAAAAUAUGAUGGAAAUUGCUCACUUUCUGAUAGAAGAAUUCCCAUGGAAUGUCCUUCAUCUGAUGAUGAAUCUUUUCAUUCUUUUGUUGAUCCACAUUCCCCGCCACCGCCCCCACCACCUCCACCACCACCACCACCGCCCCCAGUAGUUGGUGUCCGUCCUUCAAAUUCUUCUUUGUCUGCUACUAAAGCAAGACACAAAGCUUCAAGUUCUACAUUGCUCAAUGUAACACCCGCAAGGAAUUCAGAUUCAUCUACAGGAUCAAAUAUAAACCCGAGUGAUAUCCCACAUUCACCUCAAACACCUUCAAAUUCUUUGCCAAGUCCUCCUGGUAUUUCUCUGGGCAAAGAUGGGUCUCCAUUGCCAAAAUUGAAGCCACUUCACUGGGACAAAGUAAGAGCUGCACCAGACCGCUCUAUGGUAUGGGACAAGCUGAGGUCAAGCUCAUUCGAAUUAGAUGAGGAGACGAUUGAGUCGCUUUUCGGAUACAAUAUACAAAAUCCAAUUAAGAAUGAUGAAACAAAAAGCAAAACUCCUUCUCCAAGCAAGCAUGUUCUUGAGCCUAAGAGAUUGCAGAACAUAACAAUUCUCUUAAAAGCUCUGAAUGUGACACCUGAGCAAGCUUACAAUGCAUUGAUGAAAGGAAAUGGUUUGGUUUUACAACAAUUAGAAGCUUUAGUGAAAAUGGUACCCACCAAGGAAGAAGAGGCUAAGCUUUAUAGCUACAAUGGAGAUAUCAAUGAAUUGGGGUACGCUGAGAAGUUCAUUAAAGCACUUCUAAGCAUUCCAUUCGCUUUCCUUCGAGCUGAAGCCAUGCUUUUCCGAGAAACUUUUGAAGAUGAAGUAAUUCAUCUUAAAAACUCAUUUUCUAUGCUGGAGGAAGCCUGCAAGGAGCUAAGAUCAAGCAGGCUCUUCUUGAAGUUACUUGAAGCAGUGCUAAAAACAGGCAAUAGAAUGAAUGUUGGAACAAUUAGAGGAGGUGCUACAGCAUUCAAGCUUGAUACCCUCCUUAAGCUUGCAGAUGUUAAAGGAACUGAUGGGAAGACUACUUUGCUCCAUUUCGUCGUCCAAGAGAUUAUUCGAUCCGAAGGAAUAAGAGUAUCUGAUACUGAUACCAUUACGGGAAAGAUGAAUGAAAGCAACAAAAGCCAAACAGCAGAAGAAAAAGAAGAAGAUUACAAAAGAAGGGGACUGGAUCUUGUUUCUGGUUUAAGUACUGAACUCUACCAUGUGAAGAAAACAGCUACAAUUGACCUUGAUGUUCUUGCAACUUCUGUCUCAAACUUAUCAAAUGGCAAAGAUAAACUUAAAAAUCUAGUUAUGGAGGAGCUAUCAAGAGAUGAAAAAAAUGAGAAUUUCAUUCGUUCAAUGAUUUCUUUUCUGGACUAUGCUGAGAAUAAUAUAAAAGAACUACAAGAAGAUGAACAUAGAGUACUAUUACAUGUGACAGAAAUUGCAGAGUAUUUCCAUGGAGAUGUGAGCAAACUAGAAGAAGCUAAUCCACUUGGGAUAUUUCUUGUGGUAAGAGACUUCCUGGGAAUGUUAGAUCAUGUUUGUAAAGAGCUUAGAAACUCCAAAAUCCCAAGCGGUCCAAGCCCUUUGGCUUUAUUUCUAUAGAUUAUUGAAUAUUUUGCUUGGUGUGUUAAUAAAUUUUGAACAUUUGCUCAAACUGUAACUUAAAAGAUUGUACUUUCUUAGUGUAUUUUCUGUAGAGUUUUACAUUAAAAUGUCAGCCAAGGCCGAUUGUUAAGUUGUUUUGGAUUAAGGUUUUGUUGAGUUGAAUUGAAUUACUGGCAAUUUGUUUUUGCAUAAA